AUGACCACCACCAUGGCCAGCGACGCUACCGGCGAUGCGCCGAGGGUACUGACGGCGCCUCCCGAGCUCGAUUUCCGCUGGGUGCAUACGGGCUCCAAGCUGCUCGACCUGCCAAUUGUUCCCAUCCCAGCCAAUGAGACGCAGCCGUACAAGCCCUUCUCUGCGGACGAGAACGCGCGCAUCGAGGCGAGCUGGAACGCGAUGCCAGAUGACAAGCGGCAGCGUAUCGUGGCGCACUGGGGCCUCGAGGAUGGCGAGUGGGGGCAAAAGCUCAAGCCGGCGCCCAAGAAGAAGGACGUCAAGGACAAGGACAAGGCCAAGGCCAAGGGCGACUCCAAGACGGCCACCAAGGGCAAGGCCACGGUCGAGGCUGCUCUAGCGGGCCCAGACACGCCUGUGCUCGCAUCCGACGCCGAGGCGCUGGAUGCAGAGGCUGUGGACAAGAAGCAGCAGUACAGGAGCAUCAUCGAGCAGGCGCAGAGCGACCCGUCGCGCCUGGACACGGUUGCCGGUGUGCCCGUUGCGCAGGACUCGCUCUUCGAGGUCGACCUGGACACGCUCUCGCUGCACCCGGUGUUCUGGCCGCAGACGGGCCCGCGCAUCCCCGUCAUGCGCGGGACGUGGUACAUGGGCGCCGAGACGCGGCCGUGUACGUGGGACCUGGCGCGGGAGAUUGAGAAUGGAUACCAAGCGACCAAGCCGUGGCUGGACGAGUACCAGCACAAGCUGGCCGCAGCGGCCAUCCUCGGCCCGUCGGCGGAAGAGACGCUCAAGUACCCGCUGCCAACCCGGUUCGGGCAGGGACUCGCAGUCAUCUACGAGACGGAGAACCGGUGCCGCGUUGUUGCGUCUGGAGCGUUCGAUUACAUGUCGCGAUACGUGUAUUCGUCGUUUGGCAGCAAGCCCAGUGGCACCUAUGUGUACCGUGGAUAUGCCGCCGCGCAGGCCGGUAGCAAAGAGGCCAAGGCGUCGACCAAGUUGCUAGACACGGCGGCGCUCGAGGACAAGCAGGAUGCAGACGACCCCGUCGAGGUGACGGCUGAUACUGGAGCCAAGACGCCGAGCACGGGCGCCAGCACCACCCCCAAGGACGACAAGAAAAAGGGCAAGGUCAAGGUCGAGGGCGAGCUGUUGCCCGAGAUCCUCCUGCGCGUCAAGAAGGAGUUUGACCUCAAGAAGCGGGCUCUGGAAGAGGCCAACGCACCUGUGACGCACACGCGCUUUGACGACGUGCCAUGCACCGACCUCAUCCUCGUCAUCCACGGCAUCGGACAAAACCUGGCCACACAGUACGAGUCGUUCAACUUUGUCUACAACAGCAACCAGCUGCGCCAGGGCAUGCGCAAGCAGUCGCUCGACCCGGCGCUCGCGUCCAUCAUGCGCGACCGGCGCGCCCAGAUCCUGCCUGUCCAGUGGCGCGCCAACCUGCACCUCGACACCGAGUCGCAAAAUGAAAACGCAGAGUUUGAGCAUGACAACAUUUUCACCAUUUCAGACGUCACCAUCGGCAAGUCGAUCCCGUACGUGCGCGAGGUCACCAACUCGGUCCUGCUCGACAUCCCUCUGUUCAUGUCCGACGAGAAAAAGCACAUGACCCGCGCCGUCUGCGAGCAGGCCAACAAGCUGUACCGUCUGUGGAUUGCGCGCAACCCCGACUUUGAGAAGCGCGGCGGCCGCGUGCACAUUAUCGGCCACUCGCUCGGCUCGGCGCUCGCCACUGAGAUUCUGUCCAACCAGCCCACCUCCGUGCCGGCCUCGGUCGACAUGCCCCGCCAGGUGAUCGACGAAGCCAAGGACCGUUUCGUGUUCAACACGCACAACUGCUACCUCGCCGGCAGCCCGCUGGCCAUCUUCCUCAAGCUGCGGCACAGCCACCUGCUCGCGCGCAGCGGGCGGGUGCGGACGAUGAAGUCGCCACGGGACGAGGCGCACCAGCAUUCGGGCAAGUUUGGCUGCCUGGCCGUGGACUGCCUGUACAACGUGUUCUACACCACCGACCCGGUCGCGUACGCGCUCAACCCCACCGUCGACGUCGCGGUCGCCAAGACCCGUCCGCCACUGGACAUUCCCUCGGUCGCCAAAUCCAGCUUCCCGUCUCUGCCCCCGCUUCCCGCUUUGCCCCAGAUGCCGCAGAUGCCGCAGAUGCCCCAGAUGCCCGAUCUGGCGCAGUACCUGCCGUCGUACUUUGGCGGCAGCAGUGGAAGCAGCGGCAGCGGCGGCAAGGGCAAGCAGCUCAAGGACGCUGGCGGUGCCGAUGCCGAUGCCGACACCGGGAUCGAGCUCACGGGCGGCGAGCCGGCCCAGCUGGCGGGAACGCGCGGCGAGCGGCGGUUCGCCGCGCUCAACCCGCGUGGGAGUAUUGAUUUCUCCCUGCCCACGUCUGCGGUCAACGACUACCUCGACAUGGUGACCGCGCACGGAAACUACUGGACCGACGCCAACUUUGCCGCGUUCAUCCUCGCCGAGACGUUUGCGUCGCCUGCAGACGCGGCGCGGACGAGUGUGGGUGUGGACAAGGGCAAGGGCAAGUAA